AUGUUUGUGAGAGGAAUCAUUGCGAGCGAGCACGUUUGACUUUGCGUCAUCAUUCGGUAUACGGUCCACGCUGUUUUAUACAUCGCUUCAUGCACUAUUUUCUCAUGAACAUCAAUUGAAAUACAAGAGUCCUGUAGGUAUACGGUGCGUUACAUUUGGUUCGUUAUACGUUUUUGUCUUUGAUCUCAAGAAACAUGGAAGCCAUGGCGUCGCCUGAUCCAACUCCCAACGUUGCUUCUAACUCUACGGUGGAAGAGAACACUGCGACAACGCUUGAGGAUAUUAAAAAAAUAGCGGAAUCAAAAAAGGAAACUGCUAAUCAGUAUUACUCCCAAAAACAAUACAAGAAGGCAUUGGUUGUAUAUGAUGAAGUUCUUGCAUUGUGCCCUGAUAUAUCACGUUACUAUGGAAAUAGAGCUGCAUGUUAUAUGAUGCUCAAACAAUACAGAGAUGCAUUAGUAGAUGCUAAGAAAUGUAUUCAACUGGAACCGAAGUUUGCCAAGGGAUAUGUAAGGGUGAUCAAAUGUUGCUUGAUUUUGGGUGACAUUGUGGAAGCUGAGACUAUGUUGCAAAAGCUGCUAGAAUUAGAUCCUGCAGCUAUCCUGAACAACACAAUGGCUGCAGAACAAAAAGAUUUAGCAUAUGUAAAAAAAUAUCUCGAGGAUGCUAACAUUGCAUACAAUGCCAAGGAUUAUCGCAAAGUCGUAUAUUGUAUGGACCGCUGUUGUGAUGUAAGCACCUCUUGCACACGUUUUAAACUAACCAAAGCAGAAUGUUUAGCUUUCUUAGGCAGGUACCAAGAAGCUCAGGAGAUUGCAAAUGAUACUUUACACAUCGAUAAGAACAAUGCUGACGCGAUAUAUAUCCGUGGAAUGUGUUUGUAUUUCCAAGAUAAUGUCGAUAAGGCCUUUGCUCAUUUCCAACAAGUACUACGACUCGCGCCAGAUCACGACAAAGCAUUAGAUAUAUAUAAACGAGCAAAGUGUCUGAGAAAAAAGAAAGAAGAAGGCAAUGCAGCAUUUAAAAUGAGACAAUAUCAAGAGGCAUAUAAUAUUUAUAAUGAAGCCUUAGCUAUUGAUCCACAAAAUAUUAUGACCAAUGCUAAAUUGCAUUUUAACAAAGCAACAGUGGCAGCUAAGUUAGGGCGAUUAAAGGAAUCCGUAACGGAAUGUACCGAGGCUUUAAAACUUGAUGAAAACUACUUGAAAGCUCUUCUCAGACGUGCAGCAUCUUAUAUGGAGCUCAAAGAAUACGAAGAGGCUGUUCGAGAUCUUGAACAAGCGUGUAAAAUCGAUAAGAGUCGUGAAAACAAACGAUUACUUGCAGAAGCGAAGUUAGCGCUGAAGAAAUCUAAGAGAAAAGAUUACUACAAAAUUUUAGGCAUUGACAAAAAUGCGUCUACCGAUGAUAUCAAGAAGGCGUAUAGGAAACGUGCCAUGGUUCAUCAUCCAGAUCGCCAUGCUAAUGCAACUGAAGGAGAGAAAAAAGAGCAGGAAAAGAAGUUUAAGGAAGUCGGAGAAGCUUAUGGUAUUCUCUCGGAUCCCAAAAAACGAUCUCGUUAUGACCGUGGCCAUGAUAUAGAUGAUAAUGAAGGUUUCCAAGAUAUAGAUCCUAAUGCUAUGUUCCACACUUUCUUUCAACAAGGAAAUUUCCAGUUCCAAGGGGAUGGUUUUCCGGAUGGUUUCUCUUUCCAGUUUGGUUAAGACAUUUCCAAAGAGAAUCAUGAGACAAUGUGUCACAGUGUACCUAGCUAUAUAUAUAUAUAUAUAUGUAUGUAUAUAUAUAUAUAUAUAUAUAUAUAUAUGUAUGUAUAUAUAUAUAUAUAUAUUAUCCUGUUUUGUAAAGAAUGUCUGAAACUUUUUUUUAAGUUCUUACGAUGACAAGUAAUAUCCUCAUAAAUUCAAUUAUGAAGCUAUUCAUCGUAGCUGCUUCAGUGUACAUUUAUUUAAGCAUAAUGAUCAUGUAAUUGUAAAUAGGAAAUUUAGGAUUUUAUUGAAUUAAGAUAUAAAGUAAAUUUUUUAUUUAAUGGUUUGAUUAAAUCAAGAUAUUGGGAUUAAUUCCAAAGUGCAAUUUGGAGGCCUGAAACACUUGUACUUGAUGAAACUUUUAUGAAUAGAUGAACGUUUUAAUCUAUUUGAUCAUAUAGAUUAAAACAUUCUUGAUAAAUCUCUUUUAGAUUUCAACAGACAUGCAAGAUUAAAAUAUUGUACAAUUAUUCUCUUAUUAUAUACAUUUUAAAGAUAUGAAAUGAAAAUCUUGACUUUUUUACUUAUUUUGAUAUUUUCUCUGGAAGUGCUAGUAUUUAAAAAUUUAUUAAAAAAAUUGAAAACAUGAUUUUUUUUCGCUACUGCGAUGCAGUAUAUUUCAUAUAUUGUUCAUAUGAGAACGUUUGUGGCUCCAAACAAAGUCAGUAUCAUUUAAUAUUGACUUUUCUAGGUUUAGAUCUAUUUCUAUGUAUCUCAAUAAGAAAGACACACGUGUGUGCAUAAUUAUAAAAAUAAUUGACUAAAAUGUCAUGAAUUGUAGCAAUCCUUGAAUAUUUGUCUUGCGAUGAAGUUCGCUUGAUACGUGUUUUCUCAAAUUAUUCAUAAUGAUUCUAAGAACAUAUUCCCGUAGAUCUAGAAUCCGCGCGCGCGCGUGCGCAAUGUAUUCAUUCCACAAAUCUUUCUACAAAUAUAUAAAUUCUAAUAUAACUCUUUUUUUAUUUAUGUAAUUAUACAGAUUGUUAAUAUAUUAACCAACAUUUAGAAGAAAGGAAACUGGAUACCCAUUGGGCGCGGAACGGUGUGCCGCACUCUCACAGGUAGUCGAGGUGCAGCGAUGUGACAGUGAAAUACACCGACGACACUUCUUUCUACGACCACGUGGUAGCUUCUUGCCGGAACCGAGUAAUUUCGACGGUCACUUAUCUUCCUGUCUGAGAGCGCUCGUUCCUCCUUGUCGGGAGUGAACGUGUAGAAAGACAAAGGUGAAGCAGAAAGAGGAAAAGAAUAGAAGAGACGAAACGAAGAGACACCGGCCGCUUCGUGGUGAUAGAAGAGGAGAGGGAAAGCCAAGAGGGAAGUUUGAAGGUGACUCUCAGGCGUGGAAAGUUCCGAGCGUCAAGGCAAUCCACUCAAUCACUCUCUGGGGACACCGGGAAACUCUAGUUCCUCGUAUAUUUGUAUAUGUGCGCGCGCUCGUGCACAGCUACUUGUCCAUGUACAUUCGAUCCGAUGGAAUAAUUCUAGAGGAACCUGCAUUUGACUUUGCAAAGGUGGAUGUUGUUUUUGGGCAGUAGAAAACUCAGUUCCUCGUAACACAUUCGUUAUGUAUCAGUAAUUUAUCAUUAUUAAAAUUAGUUUAGCAGUAAA